CUCGGGCCGUGCCUCAGCCUGGGCGGAGCUGGUGUGAACAUUCCCAGUCAGAUUGUGCAGGAAACAUCCCAAGUCAAGACCACAACGUCGGUUCCACGUUUGCAGAAAAUCCGCUUCUCUAGAUUUGGCUCCAGUGGGCGCCUGAGACUUCCUCUGCCAUGGAGUUAGGCCAGGCAGGCAUCUUAGUCUCUUCCCUGGCCUCCAAGAUAAUGUCAGCAGCAAGCCUGGCCAAAGUGAGCGGGGCGGCCUCCGGCAGUGUCCUGGCUGGACUUCCAUCACUGGGGCUCACCCUGUCAUCCAAGGCUGCCCUGGGGUCCUGGCUGGGGACACUGAAUGGCUUCAACCUACUGGGUGCGCCUGCCGCGGCCCUGACCGUUUCCCCACUCGCAGCCAAGGCUACUGCAGCUGUGGUUGGAGGAGCCCUGACCGUGGGGGCUGUCCCCGUGGUGCUCGGCGCCAUGGGCUUCACUGGGGCAGGAAUCACCGCCUCGUCCUUAGCGGCCAAGAUGAUGUCCGCGGCCGCCAUUGCCAACGGGGGUGGAGUUGCGGCCGGCAGCCUGGUGGCCACUCUACAGUCCGUGGGAGCGGCUGGACUCUCCCUGUCCUCCAAAGUCAUCCUGGGCUCCGCUGGGUCUGCCCUUGUGUCCCUCAUGGCGCCCCUGUAAUAGCUCCUGCCACUCAGCCCCGCAGAGGAGAGGACUGGGUGGGGCCAGCCCUUGCCAGGCAGCGAGAGACCAGUCCCGGGUGACGGUGUGCCAAACGUUGCACCCCCAGAAGCAAAUAAGGAAUAAAAUGAGUUGUGGCCACCCUU